UCUCUCGUUUAUUUUUUCUCUCAGCUCCGCAUCCUCUGUUCUUCGUUCUUCUUCGCUGCUAUUCAAAAUCCAGUAAAGAGACCUUCUGCAUAAAGAUCAAAAUGGUAUCAGAGCAUCAAACCUGGGUACGAUUCUGAUCUUCCUGUUAUCCCCUUUCCCGAUUUCUUCUCCUUUCCUUCUUUUAACCUAGACUGCCCUACUUUUUCUCGGUAACCAUGGCCGACAAUCCUUCUACUCCGACCUCUUCCAUGUCUGGCGAUAAUACCCAGACACAAUCUCUUCAAAACCCUGAUCCAUACUCCAACCCUCUUUUUCUCCACGCUGCGGAUUCAUCAAGUAUUGUCUUGGUGUCUGAAAAAUUGCUUGGCGAACAGAACUACAACCUGUGGUCGCGUUCAAUCACAAAAGCCAUGCUAGCGAAGAACAAACUCGGAUUCAUCAAUGGCACGCUUGCCCAGCCAUCUGAGACCCAUCCCGACUUUGGUGCUUGGUCCAGAUGCAAUGCCUUGGUCUGUACCUGGUUGACGAACUCUGUUUCGUCGGAGAUCGCAAGCCUGCUGCUGUACAUCGACGAUGCUCAUGUCAUUUGGACGACUCUGGAAACGAGAUUCAAACAGAAGAACGUCUCCAAAAUCUUCAGCGUUGAACAGAAGAUAGAUUCGUUGCAACAAGGUGCUAUGGAUUUGAACACUUUCUUCACCAAGCUCAACAGCUUAUGGGAGGAGCUGAAAAAUUAUGAACCAUUUCCGACAUGCUCUUGCGGUGGUUGUACAUGUCAAGCUAAUAAAAAAAUUCAUGGAACUGAUGGAAAGGCGCAACGUCGUUAAGUUUCUCAUGAAACUUAACGAGUCUUAUUACCCAGCUCGGAGACAGAUUUUAAUGUUGGAUCCUCUUCCAACGUUGUCCAAAGUCUACAAUCUGAUUGCGCAAGAGGAGCAUCAGCGACUAUCGUUACCACCUCUUACUGAUUCUCCCGUUUUCCAAGCCACCGUCACACCAUUUCACAAAUCUAGACCACCAUUUCCAUCUCCCCAUAACCAGCGACCUAGGCCUGUCUGUGCCCAUUGUGGCCUUGUUGGACACACCAUUGCUCGUUGUUACAAAAUCCAUGGUUACCCACCCAAUUUUAACCUUUCCAAAAGCACUUCUAAACCUCCAUUACUCCCUACACCUCGUUUUUCUCCAGCCACCAAACACCCAAACCCGAUCAAUGUGGUAACGACAACUUCAGGUACUCUUACUACUCCUGUUUCUCCCUCUGUUGCAGCUACUUCGACAAUGGCACAAGCCCAUGCCCUGUUUGAACAGUUCCAGCACAAACUCAAUGAUCUUGGCAAUUCUUCCAUGGUUUCAGAUUUCAUUACCCCCACCAACCCAUCUCCAGGACCCUUUGCGGGCAUUGACGAUUGGGAAGGGUGACCAGAAACACAACCUUUAUAUACUCGAAGUGCAGCAAUCUUCUUCUCCUGCAUCUUCGAUUCCUGCGUCUGUUUUUCCAGUCUUGUCUAUUUCUGAAGUGGAUCUAUGGCAUCAACGUUUAGGACACCCAUCUACUUACAAAGUCUCUAUUUCUCCUCAGUCAAAGUCUCUACAGUUUGUACAAAACAAUACAGCAAACACUGAUUGCUUAGUAUGUCCAUUGGCCAAACAACGUCGGCCUUCUUUUCCUGUAGGAGGAAAUGUUUCUUCUGCAGCUUUUGAUUUGAUACAUAUUGACAUUUGGGGUCCUUUUUCA